AUGCCUGGCGACGGAUCAUACCAGACUGCGGAGGGUAGCUCGCGGAAGCGACUUAAGACCAACUCUCGCGAUGCUGGCCGCCCCGCAGGAAAUCCCUCCAAAAGCCCAGAGGUUGUAUCGCUGCUGAGUUCCACGCCCGCGAAGCCCCAGCUUGCUGCUGCGACCGAGCCUUCUCAGCCGGAGGGCGGUCACACGAAAAGCGCACCCUGCGCCCACGAACAGUCUUUAAGUACACUUCACGGCGACCUUGACGCCAUGCGCCAGCUCAUCACGUGUAAGAUCUGCCAGCGCUUCCUCUACGAGCCUUACGCCCUCACCUGUGGCCACACAUUCUGCUACAGCUGCCUCUCGCAGUGGAUGGUGCAGAACCAUAAGAAGACCUGUCCGGACUGCCGUACCAAGAUCAAGGAGCAGCCAGCUCCGUCCUAUCUGAUCCGUGAGCUGGUUUUGGUCUUCACCAGCAAGAGCGAGUUGCUCCCGGACGGGGAGACUUCAGAAGAGCACAGUCAGAUAGCCAAGGAGGAGGCGGACAUAGUUGCCAAAGAUAAGUCAAACACAGACUCACGCAGUGGAGGUCUGUUCAAAGGCUGCUUCACCGCGGGGGGUCCUCGCCUACCCUUGGUUGCGAUUCGCGACGAUAGCGACCACGUGGACAGAUGCCCUCAGUGUCUACAUGAGGUAGAACGCGGUCGGUGCAACCACUGCCAUGUCCGCGUGCGCACGGAAGAGGACGACGAGAGCUUGGAGUGGAGCGACGAAGACGACACGGACGAAGAGCUAGAUCAGGAGUUCCUCGAUGACCUGGCUCGGGAUGCGGAGAAUGAUCUUGCCUAUGAGGGUUACUCUGAUUUCGAAGGUCUUGGGCCGUACGGCGACGACCACUGGGUACCAGGGUUUCAUCCGAAUCUUGGUGCGGCCAACUUCCCGUUUUCCGAUGGCGAUGAUGACGACGAGGAAGACGAAGACGAAGAAGACGAGCACGAUUUACAAGGCUUCAUCGCUGAGGAUGACGAGCCGCUGCGCCACUACCACGACAGCCUCGACGGUCUCUCGGAUUCUGAGGAGGGCACCGAGGCAGCCGCACCCCACCGUCGCCAGAGGAGGCAGGCUCCUAUCGUCGUAUCCGAUGAGGAGGAAGACGAGGACGACGACGAAGAGCCACAGCUCCACAGUCGGCACGUUGAGCAUCGCUCUCUUGACAGUCGUCCUUCUAGAGGACUGCCCGUGGGUAGAGGCCACGACUCGGAGUCUGAAGAUGAUGACGAUGAUGACGAUGAUGAGCCUAUACGUCCAAGCCAGCGUAACGUGAACCGCAGAGAUCGGACCACUGCCAGAAUCGCUCGACGUCCUGUCACCGUGGUCAGCGAUCCAAGCGAUGACGAAGAUUCUGAUUCUGAUUCUGAGGGUGAGGGCGAGAUUCGCCCCGUCGGAGGCGGAUUCUCUCCAUUACAAUUCACAGAGCACGACGGCGAGGAGCACUCAGAGGGCGAAGGCUACUCUGGUUUUAACGGCGGACACGAGGAUGACGACCAAUCCGAGACCUAUCGCACCGAACCAGACCAAGUGGGCUACGAUGAUGGCUAUGGGUACGGCGCAGAAGACGAUGAGGAUGGCAUGAGUGAUGCAUCCGAUGAGCAGAGUACGGCUACUGGGUGGGACCCGUGUGCUCCCUAG